AUGGACAAGGCUGUUUCUACACAGCUUGAAAACGUGCCGAAUUUGCACGAGACACAGGUCCGCAAAAACGAUCAUCUUAAGGAGAAAUUGUCGGAGAUUCUGGACAAAUGCAAUGAAACACCAACAAACUGGGUAUUUUGGGCUGAAAACGAGAGUAUCCAGAAACUACUCACUGUGGUAGAAAUAGUUAAAAGAAAACACCCUAAUCACUCACAGUUUAACCAACUACUCUACAAACAGUACCAGAAACAACUUUCGGAACAAGAACAGGCACUGGAGAUCCAAAAGCCGUCCAAAAUGCCGAUCCUCUACAUAUACUUGCACAUAGUCCCGGAACCAGUACAAUCGUCAAAUCAGCUGGACCAGCUGGACCAUCUGGGCUCACUCAAGUCCAGUCUGAUCGCCGCUGGCUGGUCACUCGGAAGAAGGAGCAGAAGAAGAUGCUUCAAUACGGAAUUUGUCAACACUCAGAUCACCUGGGAAAGUACCGUUGCUUCUUUGAUCGUCCCAUUCUUCGACCCACGAGGUUGGACACAACGAUUGGAAAGUAGACCAAAACACCUUACAUGGAGCAAAGUCUUCUCCCUUCAAAGCAACACACUUGUGGUAGUCCAAGUAAGAUUGGUAGCAAUGCUUGGUUUGGUUUUGUUGAGGGAAUCUGGCGUCGAAGCCUGGGGUCUGGAGCUUGUAUUGUGA